AUGGGAUUGGUUUCUGAAAUGAUUAACAGAGGUAUUCCUCCUCCAGACAUUGUGUUCUUUAAUUCAGUAAUAAAUAGUCUAUGCAAAGAAGGAAGGGUUACAGAUGCACAAGAUAUCUUUGACUUGGUUAUAUACUUUGGUGAGAGGCCCGACAUCUUUACAUUUAACUCGCUGAUUGACGGAUAUUGCUUAGUUGGUGAGAUGGAGAAGGCUUUCGGAGUACUUGAUACCAUGGCAUCAGGUGGGAUUGAGCCUGAUAGUAUUUCAUAUAAUACAAUUGUUAAUGGAUAUUUUAAAAAUGAUAGGAUUGAUGAUGGAUUGGCCUUAUUCCGAGAAAUGCUGAAGAAAGUUAAACCUACAACUGUUACAUAUAACAUCAUACUGGAUGGGUUAUUUGGUGCUGGGAAAACAGUUGCUGCGAAGAAAACGUUCCAUGAGAUGAUCGAAAGUGGAAUAACAGUGAGCAUAUCCACAUACAGGAUAAUCCUUGGUGGACUUUGCAGGAAUAGUUGUGAUGAUGAAGCGAUCACCCUGUUCCAGAAAUUAGGAGCAAUGAAUGUCAAGUUGGAUAUUACAAUACUCAAUACCAUGAUCAAUGCACUGUUCAAGGUUCAGAGAAGAGAAGAAGCUAACAAUUUGUUUGCUACAGUAUCAGCCAGUGUUGAUUGUUUUUGA